AAAAAUUACCGAACAAGUCAAGUAAUUUUUAUUCAACAUUUCUCUCCAUGUAAUGUCACUCGGUAAUUAAGCAGUUGUGCCUCUGAAAAGUUGAACAUGCGCAAGCCUGAUCUCAAGUUCAUUCGGAUCACUCGAUGGACAAUUCUCGUGCCGCUUGUUAUUUACGUGUGCUUUGUUUAUAUCAAGUACAAUAAUACGAUGAGACUGAAGAGUUCGAGUGGAGUUGGGGGCCACGGGAUACAGGAUCUCGUGGCCGAGGUGGAUUCAGCCGUUAAAUUGAAGAGUGAUGAGAGGGAGAAUGAGGCUGGCAAGAGCGAUAACGGGAAUUCCCAGCUGAUUCGGGAUAUCGAGGAGAGGGAGAAUAGGGAGAAUCCGAGACUACUGCUGGAGGAUGUGUUCAGGCGAGCGGACACCGACGAGAAUCAGGAAUUGAGUAUUCAGGAAUUGUCUAAGUGGAUUCAUGCGAAAAUUAUUGAUCACAUCAAUCGGGCUAUGCGGGACAAUGUGGGACUGUUUACGGCCAUUGACAACGAUCCCAGGAAUGGAGAAGUCUCGUGGGAGGAAUAUCACGCCUACUUCCUCCGAUCCCACGGUUUUUCCGAAAAAUAUAUUAGCUCUCACGACAAGAAGCAUUCUCAGCUCCCGAGAGCGUUGAAAGAAAGUAUUAUGAGAGAUAGAGCGAGGUGGAUUGAGGCGGCGAGAAAUGAUCCUGAAAAGUUGGCACUCGACGAAUUUCUCGCUUUCACUCAUCCCGAGAGCAGUCAUCGAGCAUUGUUGCAGAUGGUCGAGGAUUUAUUCGAAAAGUUCGAUCGAGAUGGUGACGAGCAAUUGACUGAAAACGAAUUUGCUGAUUUACCGUCGGACGGAAUGGGUUUGGACUUUCAUGAGGAGCAGAAUGCCCAACCAGUGGGGGGAAGUGAGGACCGGAGACAGGAGUUUCGACAUCUCAUUGAUAAAAAUAAGGAUGGGAAGGCGGACAGAGCAGAACUUCUGAUGUACAUUGAUCCGAGGAAUCCAAGACAUGCGAUUCAGGAGGCGCAACAUUUAAUCGAAGUCUCUGAUAUCAACCAUGACAGAACGUUGAGUUUGUCGGAGGUGCUCAGUAAAAUGGAUUUAUUCCUCGACAGCAAAAUGGUUGACACUGAGAAGAGUUUCCACGACGAAUUUCGAUGAGACAUGAUCAAAUAAAAUCAAUGUCUGGGGGUGAGAAACUUUUUCUGAGGAUUUUCCUUCGAGAAUGGCAAUGGGAACUGAACAUAUUGGGGUGAAGGGAUGAAACGAGUUGAGUAAACUCAACUUGAGGAUGAGUUUUCGAGAAAAAUUACCGAAUUCAAGAGAGUAGGAAAAUUCUUUUGCAAAACGAAUUGAGAACUGCAAAAGAAGGAGUUUCUACAUUACCUCUACCUUGAAUUUAAAAAUGUUGGGAAAGGUUACAUGUGUGAAAAUAAAUUUAAUAAAAUGUCUAACUUUCUGUAAGAAAUUCUAUAGAAUUUCUGUUGAAACUCUAUAAAAAAUCUAUUUGAGUUCGUCUAAAAGAUUUUAUCUCUUACUCAUUGUUAAUAUAUUUUUACUAUUUUAUUUCACUAUUUAUUAUUAUUAUUAUUGU